AUGUUACAGCGUGUGGUCGCGUUCACGCGCGUGAACGGAGCGCGUCUGACGUACAGUGCUCGGGUUGAAGCAGGCUACACCCAGGCCACAUGUGCACGUCGUAGCUUGCUGGGCCUGCCUUUGGGGGGAAGCGGUCCCCGAAGGCCACCAAAGCAGCUAUUUUCAACACAGACAGUUCAACUCAGGGAAUACUCCGUCACCUCAAUCAAACAUUCGGAAGCACCUUCUGAACGAAACACGGGUAAACCCUCCAUAGCCAGACGGCGACGGCCAACCCGCCAAAUUUCAACGCUUGACCCAAGCAAGCUUCUUCCCGCAGACUACAUGGACAUCGCUGACAUUAGAGUCGCGAAUGUGGCGCCCGAGGGUACCCAUCGUUCGCGUAUAACAUAUACCGGAAGUCGAUACCGUGCAAAGGAGACAGGGCUUAGAAACAACUUCCCUCCAAACACCAGGGGAUUCCUCUACCUCCAUCGUCCGGAUCGAAGCUGCAUCACGAGUGGAAUACGCUUCCGUGUUGUCGACAAACCUGACCCGACUUUAUUUGACCAGGGCAAGGACCUCCUGAGGCUGGAUGGUGCGGUAUGGUCCAUACCACUAGUGACGGUAAUCAAGGGCCGCACAUACAGUCCCUUUCGCGAGCUUAUCCUCCGCGACAAUCUCAUCAGCCAAUCUGAACUCGCGGUGUUAGAGAGCUCAGAUAUGGGGAUGAAACCAGGGAUGAUCCUUCUCUCAAGUAUGACACAACCGUUCGAAUGUGACUUUGCACCGACGUCGUUCGCCGCGAUACAUGGUAUUACAGUCCCAUUUCUGGCUCAAUUUGAGCUCGUUUACCGACAGGACCCCUUGAUGCCUUUUGUCGUUCUGCGCCUGUUGAAGUUUACUGCCCCACCAAAGAGUGAAGGACCACUCAAGCCAGACGAAGGGGAAUUAGUCAAAUGUCUGCCAUCACCAAUAGGCAAUCCGUAUAUUUGGACGAUCCAUCGUUCAACGCUGCCCCCUCCCUGCCUGGAAGCCUUGAAGCGGGCGUAUCCUCCCCACCCGUCACGUCUAUAUGGUCGACCAGGGAACAAAGGCCCGCGAGUGUCGUUGGAGCCUGUGGCUAGUGAAUUAUUUCAAACCGAGGCAGGAGUCGAUUGAACUUUCGGGACACGGAAUAAUACAGCGGUUUGCCUGGCGGUGUCAAAUGGACUACUUCAACAAGGACAAGCGCUCGAGGGUAGGACCUGUGACAGAGCCUGGUAUGAAGGGUGGCUUAAUAUGCGCAUCUUGUCGUGGGUUCUUGAAAUCCCGAGUUACCCAACUCCAGGGGAUUCCACUGAACUUUUGAAGUGCAGUCAACCCUGGUGCAUAGAUCUAUGUCAUUGGGUAUCAUACUUCUAAUCCAUUGACCUCGGUGGUCACAAAUCUGAGGCUGUUGGG